GUUCCGUCAGAUAUUACAUUACUGGAGUAUAAAUACUCCAAGAAUAAUAAAAAGAAAAAAAUAAAUUCUUUGAAGAAACUUUUUAUUUAUUUGUCCUUUUUUACCUUUGGAAAUAACUGUAACAAAUUAAAUAGUCAGGAUGUCAUACAUAUACUUUCCAAUGUAUAUUCUGAUAAUAAAAUAAGUAAUGAUGAAAAGUUAAACACGCUCAAUAUUUUGAACAUCCUUAACACUAGACAGAAAGAUAUCGACAGACAAGUAAAGUGUAAAAUGUAUUCCUUCUUAGGAUCCUUAUUAUUUCCAAUGUUUUGCUUAAGACAGUUUAAAUAUUAUGACAGCAAAACGAAAAUUAUUAUAUUACCCUUUACAACAAUAUUGGGGUUAUAUUUGGGUUCUUUUUGUGGAAACAUAUUAACAGGAAGAUUUAAUGAUUAUAGAAGAUCUAAAUUUCUGGGGACAUUACCAGCAAAUGUGUUUAUAAAAAAAUAA